UCUACCCGGCCGGCCAUUUUUGGAUUGCCAUUUGUUUGAGUCGGACGUGGUUUUGCCUUUGUGCGGUUUUAUUAAGUUGAAAAAUUUGUGAAUACGGAGCGUACAAAAUCCCAUCGAAGUGCUACGAAAACAUCUGUGCUACGAGCCGACGACGUAAACAACGUCGCAUCGCAAACCUUCGGCACUCUACGACGGGCACAGGCAGGCACUUCGCAUAAACUUUCUUCGUUUCAAUUUUCGUCGAAGGCGCAUAAAUCUCCGUCCGUCUACGGGUCCGGUCGGCUCGGCUUGAAAGUAGCACACGCAAGGACAACUGUGACAGCGCAACGAAACUCUUUCUCUCAUCAAACAUCAAACAAACGAAAAGAAGCCCAAAGUCAACGAAAUGAGCUCUUCGCGUGGAACCCGUGUUUAUGUCGGCAAUCUGACUGACAAGGUGAAAAAGGAAGAUUUGGAGGGAGAGUUCACCAAGUACGGUAAAUUGAAUUCGAUUUGGGUGGCAUUCAACCCACCAGGUUUUGCUUUUGUUGAAUUUGAGAAGCGUGAUGAGGCUGAGAAGGCCUGCGACAUUCUAAAUGGUACUGAGAUCUUAGGUUCACAGCUUCGUGUGGAAAUUUCCAAGGGACGUCCUAGACAGGGUGGUCGACGCAGUGGAGGUGGUGGCGGCGGCGGUGGUGGCCGACGCAGCCGCGACGGUGGCAGCUACAGUCGCAGCCGUAGUGGUUACCGCUCAGGUGGUGGCGGUUUCGGCGGUCCACGAAGCAGCAGUGGGGGUGGAUUCCGAUCACGUGGUGGUGGCGGCGGUGGUCGCUACGAGAGUGGCGGAUACUCCGGAGGCCGAAGUGGGGGCGGCGGUGGCUAUGGCAGCCGCGAUGGUGGCUUCGGAGGCGGUCGCGACGGCCGAAAUUACGGUAGCAGUGGUGGCCGAAGUGGCGGCGGUGGCCCAAGCCGAUUCAGGUCAAGAUCUCCAGUUGGUGGUCGAGGAAGAUUUUAAAUUUAGAUUUAUUAGAUUUUUUAAGUUCUCUUCCCCACAUCUCCCCUCAGUCACUCUUCAUGUAAAAUUCUUUUACUUUGUAAUAUUAAUUAUUACAUCUUAUUGUGGAUCGAAACGAACUUGUAUCGAAGGCGCGUAAUCUGUAGUGUGUGAAAUACAAAGAUCAUGAAAUGAGAUGUAAUCAUACUUUUUGUGUAUGUGAUGUAUUACACAAGUUUUUCAUAAAGAAGAAAAUAAUAUUUUAAGGUAAAAAAGACUUCCCAAAAUGCGCAUUUGCUCAUUAUCUUGAGUUUAUAUAUUUUUUUAUUUCAACUUUCGAAUAAGGCCCAUAUGGAAAUCACAUUCUGUUUUGCUUGCACACCCAGAAGUUGAGCUCGCUCAGCGGACAAAUGACUAACUCCGUCUUAAAGUAGAUCUGUAUAACGAUUCAGUAAUAAAUUCCAGUCAAACUCAAAUAUGAAGUAGAGAAGCGUUCCGGCGCCAUUCAUCUCGAACCAAUGUAUCUGUAAAUCAACCGAGUGUCUCGCAUGCCACUUAGAAGUAUCAAGAGAACGUAGUGCAAUGCUGCUCGUGCCAAAUACCGUGUGACAGCUUGCCGGCCGAGAAAUUGUUUCAAUUUUAAUAGUAUUCGAGUUUUAAGCACCUACCAAAGUAAUAUGAACAUGCGAUGCUUCUCCCAUAGAGUACUGUGGCCACGUAACCACCCAAACCAAAUUUUAACAAACGAAUUGUUGUAUGUAUCUAGCAAGUAAAUGUGGAAAUUAUCUCUUUGUGUUGAAUGGAACAAAAUUAGACUCUACGAAUGCAAAGAACAAUUUAAUAAAUAUAUAUCACAUAAAUAUGUGUGUAACCAAAAUAAAA